UCCAGUCUACUGGAAGCAACCAUAUAUUGGAGUCGCCAUUUUGCCGCGCUUUUUGCAACUUUACGGAAAAUACUUUUUAAUUUUAAAACUAUUAUUUUUUUGUGUUUUUAUUCUAUUUAUAUUGAAAGGUGAUUUUUUUAAAUAAUAAUGGCGUUUAAAAUGGGUUUAAGAUUGCCCCCUUUAAUUUUAUUAGUAUUUAUUUGUGCGGAUGCCAUUGCGAAGGAUUCAGCGGAAGUCAGUGAGCCUGCUGGAGACAAUAGACACACCGUUAAGAUCAACACAGGAGCCCCUCUUAUGUUUGCUGAUGAGUUGAAACAGACGCUGGAGAAGUACCUCUUCGGAAUGUGUCCUAGCGGCUACAAGUAUCUUUCGCAGAUGCCGAAGCCAAAGAACUCCACCAGCGUCGACUGCGACCUUGACCCGGAGCAACAGGAUCUCGCUGGAAGAUUAGCGGCCCUCGCGCUCCGAGCGCACUCGGCCGGGCGCGGCGACUGCUCGCGGCUAAGCGUGGCGCUCGCGAACACGUUCGGCGAACUUGCUCGCACCGCCGCCAGCAGGCACGCGCUCAACCAAGCAGCGACAAGCGAAGCGAACAAGAAGCGCAAGCUAUCGAAGAGCCAAAAAGCCAAGAUUCAAGCGAAGCAGCGGACCGCACUGGCUGUCAAGAAGAAGGCCGCUGCCUUAGCCGCCGCCGCCGCUGCUAAAAACAUUUCUGCGUAGACUCUAGCUUUUAAAUAAAAUUGGUAGUUAUUUUACUAAUUAAUAUGUCUUGAAGUCCACCUAAAGUAUUAAAGAGCGUUAACGGCCUGGCCAAUUAACUUUAUUAGCAGAAAAAGGCUCGAAUAUGAAUAUUUAUUUUGUAUGAGUGAUUGUUCGCGCCAUUUU